AGGGCUACGGGGGGGGGGGGGGCGUGCCUGUGCGGGCGAUUCCGACCAGCUGAUACUCCUUCCUGGGAAGACCUGUGAUCUCGCUAUGGGAGCUGAGCAGAGUACCGAUGCCGAAAGCCGACCUCAAGAUCCGAGCACAUCAGCAUCCCCUUCACCAGCCAAACAUCGAGCUAAAAUGGAUGAUAUUGUUGUGGUGGCACAAGGGACUCAAUCAUCACGAAAUGUCAGUAAUGAUCCAGAUGUCAUCAAGUUGCAGGAAAUUCCAACUUUUCAACCACUUCUGAAAGGUCUUCUUAGUGGGCAAACAUCUCCUACUAACAUUAAGCUGGAGAAGCUGGACUCUCAGCAAGUUCUGCAGCUGUGCCUCCGGUACCAAGACCACCUUCACCAGUGUGCAGAAGCAGUUGCCUUUGACCAGAAUGCUUUAGUCAAACGGAUCAAAGAGAUGGAUCUUUCGGUAGAAACACUUUACAGCUUAAUGCAGGAGCGCCAAAAAAGAUAUGCCAAGUAUGCUGAACAGAUCCAGAAGGUCAAUGAGAUGUCCACCAUCCUCCGACGCAUCCAGAUGGGGAUCGACUUAACUAUUCCUCUGAUGGAGAGGCUGAAUAGCCUGCUGCCAGAGAGUGAGAGACUGGAGCCUUUUAGUAUGAAACCUGACAGAGAGCUCAAGCUGUAGUUUUCCAUUGCAACCUCCACACAUAUUUUCAUGGACUCUACUUGAUAAGGAACAUGCUUGAAACAUAUGCUAGCCAGAAGGAGUAGAAGAGAGUGGUGUGAACUUGGUUUGCAGCAGCUUGGAUUAAAGCAUUCCUUAGGAAUAUAUUUUUAAAACCUUUUCUGCUUCCAUCUUCUUACCACCACUGUCCGUACCUAUCAAAAUGUUGCUUUAACAAGGUUCACACUUCUGUCUUCACAACAGUACAUCACUGCAUUGGUUUCAAAUGUUUUGCCUUCAGGAAAACUUCCCACAUACGUUUGUUUGCUGAGGUGCCUUCCUCAGACUCCUUGAAGUUUUAGAGGAUUCUGGUGCACAUUCUCAGCAGUUUUCAAAUUGUGUUUAUGAAUCCUGGGUUCCUCUAUGAGAAGAACAGUGACAGCGGACAAACUGCUCACAAGACCUUCACCAUUCCCCUGCAAAGCCGAGCUGCUGUGAAUUGUUAGUUAGCAUCUCUGCUUGGACCCAAAUGACUACAAAGGCAAACAAGUCUUUUUUUUUGGUACCCAACUGACCAAGGGUGACACUGGGAUUCUGCAGGUGAUUUGUAAGUUCCUUAAUAGACAAAUGCAUUAAGAUUAACUGAGCACAGAAGUGCAGAAUAUGGGCUAAACCUCAGCAUUGCCCUCCUUUGUAAAUGGAGAACACACUCAACUUUCUCUGGCCAUUCAUUGUUCCAAGGGAAGAUUGGUAGUAAUGGACAAGCUUCCUGUCUGAGGAUCUUGUCAAAUGUUAUUGAUCACCUCAUUAAAGAAAUCCAGCUGUGUUUCUGAGAGCCCAUUAGAACAGUUCUUUAUAAGACUAUUGUUUCACUGCUCUCUUAAUAUCAAGGGGCUUUUUUUUUAAUUCAGUGAGGUUGUGUCUACAUAGAACUUUGGAUUGGACUGACUUAGAAGUGGAAACUUUUAGGAGAGAAAAUCAGUGUUCUGUUCAUGUAGAUCCUGCAGUUUUCUUAGUGUCAGCUACUUAUUUUAAUAUUUCCUAGUUUUGGAACUGUGCAUACAGUGAGUGUGUGAAGCUAGAGGGUGGCUUAUUAAACCCACCUAGCAUAAUGCAAUGUGGUAUUUGCGGCAAGAGUUUCCUUUUUAAGGUCUAGUUGAUAUAUCCCUUCGUAAGGUUUCUAUGUGUGUUUUUAAACUGGGCUUUUACUUUCUAGGGCUGUUAAAUGAGUAACUGCUUGAGCUUGAGCCAUAUAACGUCAGAGUUGAGCAGUCUCCAGAACUAGGGAAGUGAUAAAUUAGAUUGGCAUUUCUCUAUUCUUCUUGUUGCCUCUUUCCUCAGAGACUUUGUGAAUUAAACAAUUGUCCUCUCUCUCUUCGUUUUGAUUUACUUUGCCAAACAACUCCUACCAGGAUGGAGGACGCAAUUCCCUUUUUUCUCUGGAAUACACGUCAUGUCCAAAGGCUAGAAAAACUGCCAAGCCAGGAAAAGAUGGGAUCUGUGCUUUAUUCCUAAAGUAUAUGGAGUUGUGCCACCAAAAGCAUUCCCAGUUCUUUGUAAGUAAGUAUUAUGCACCUGCAAAGACAGCCGCUUUAUGUUCAGGUGCAAAGCCUGCUAGCUUAUCUUAAUCUGUAUCUUCAUGACCUUAUUGCUACUGUGCAGGGAUGGUACUGCUGGAACCUGUCAUAAAUAUUGUAGAUACCUCAGUUUUUAAGAUCUUUAUUUUAUAUCCCAUCAGUGAUAAAGGAUCCACUUCUGUCCAAGAGUGUGCAAAAAUACUCAAAGCACAUGGGUGGAGCCAGUUGCUACACUUGAUAAUACCAGGAAGGAAAAACCCAUGGUUUCAGCCCCAGCACAGGGUAAACUGUACCCACACCCCUGUGGUGUGGGAACUUGCUGCAGAGAAGCAGUUCUUGAGUGUAGGCUAGGAAUAGGGAAAAUAUGGUUCUCCAGAUGUUGUUGGACCUCAUCCUCUACCCUCCAUCACCAUUGACUAUGUUGGCUAGGGCUGGUAGGAUUUGCAACAUCUGGAGAACCACUUUUCCUCAUCCUUGACCCAGGUUAAACCUUGCAGUUUGAAGGUCUUUAUUUCAAGAGCUCAGACUUGUUCAGUAUGAGGGGAAGACCUCUGCCUCUUUUCAGGAGAAGUAAUAACUAGAUCAUAAUCAAAGGAAUGAUUUUAUUAAAUAGCUGCAUAACUGAAAGAUAUAACAAGCACAGAUGUACCUAAUUAGACUCUUCUCUCCAAGUGCCAAAAGUUCUCCUAAAAAGGGCAGGUAGGUGGAUUGAGUGUCUCCGUCCAAAUGGUGGAUACAUCCUCUGUGCGAGAGAGAGACAGACAGAGACAGAGAAGGCAGUGACUUAUAUGCUGCUCCAUGAGCAUGUUUGGUUGCAAGCUGGUCCACUGCCUUGAGCUGUGGUUUUUAAAAUGCAUUGUGUGUGGAACUUGGAGGGAGUUCCUGGACAAAACUCUGAUACACUUAACUAGUUUGGUUAUUCCUUCAGUGUGAAAUUUGGUGGAUCUUGUCUGUAAUCUCCAUUUUCAUAGGAUUGUUUGAAGUCCAGUAGCCACAUCCAAUGUUUUAUGGGAAUCUGAUGCACUCUAGAACAUGCGCUAGAUUUUCUGGGGUUCCACAGGAGUGGUCAGUGUUGUAAGUGGUCCCCAGAAGUACAAGUUUAUGAGCUAAAUAUAUGUUAUAUACUUGGCUGUGGAAAACUGGAAGGGGAAGGGGGAAUUUGUACUUGUUGAGCAGUUUAUUGAAGUUUUAUGAAAGGUAUGUUGGGUUUAUAUUUUUCUUUGUUGAAAAGCAGUUUUUACCAAUGUGAAGAGUCCUGCAAUUCAAUUAUAUUAUGCUGUGUGCUAAACCAUGUAUAAGUUUUACUUGAAAUAUUUAUUGUUUUGAUUGUUUUGUUAAUAAAGGAUAUAUGACAUGCCA